UUUCAUUUCCAAUUGAAUUUGGUAACAAACAUUUUCUCUCAAAUCUCAACUCGGAAGCCUGAGAGAGAGAGAACCUUCGAUGGCUUCCAUGUCUGCCGUCCUCAGCAAAUCCCCUUUCCUCUCUCAGCCUCUCUCCAAAUCUCCAUCCUCCGAUCUCCCCUUCUCCGCCGCAACCGUCUCUUUCCCCUCGAAAUCGCACCGUCGCGGCGGAGUAAUCCGCGCCGGACUCAUCUCCCCCGACGGCGGGAAGCUCGUGGAGCUCGUAGUGGCGGAGCCGCGACGGCGGGAGAAGAAGCACGAGGCGGGGGAGCUGCCACGCGUGGAGCUCACGGCGAUCGACGUGCAGUGGAUGCACGUGCUGAGCGAAGGCUGGGCAAGUCCGCUCGGAGGCUUCAUGAGAGAAUCCGAGUUCCUCCAAACUCUUCAUUUCAACUCGCUUCGUCUUGACGACGGAUCCGUCGUCAACAUGUCCGUGCCUAUCGUCCUCGCUAUUGACGACGAGCAGAAGGCUAGUAUCGGCGAGUCCAAACGCGUCGCGCUUGUUGGUUCCGACGGUAACCCCGUCGCUAUCCUCAGCGACAUUGAGAUUUACAAACAUCCCAAGGAAGAGAGAAUAGCAAGAACUUGGGGUACGACGGCUCCAGGCUUGCCUUACGUAGAAGAAGCCAUUACCAACGCUGGAAACUGGCUGAUUGGGGGUGAUCUCGAGGUUCUUGAGCCAGUCAAGUACAAUGAUGGGCUUGAUCGUUUUAGGCUUUCCCCUGCUGAGCUUCGCAAGGAGCUGGAGAAGCGUGGCGCGGAUGCUGUCUUUGCUUUCCAGCUUAGGAACCCGGUUCACAACGGUCAUGCACUUCUUAUGACUGAUACUCGGAGGAGACUUCUUGAGAUGGGAUACAAAAACCCUAUUCUUUUGCUUCAUCCGUUAGGAGGGUACACAAAGGCUGAUGAUGUUCCUCUAAGUUGGAGGAUGAAGCAGCACGAGAAGGUGCUAGAGGACGGUGUUCUUGAUCCAGAGACUACAGUAGUUUCGAUAUUCCCGUCUCCUAUGCAUUAUGCUGGUCCAACCGAAGUGCAGUGGCACGCAAAGGCGAGAAUCAAUGCCGGUGCAAACUUUUACAUUGUGGGUCGUGAUCCAGCCGGGAUGGGUCACCCAGUUGAAAAACGUGAUCUCUACGAUGCCGAUCAUGGAAAGAAAGUACUAAGCAUGGCCCCUGGACUUGAAAGACUCAAUAUCCUUCCUUUCAGGGUUGCUGCAUAUGACAAGACACAAGGCAAAAUGGCUUUCUUUGAUCCCUCGAGGCCUCAAGAUUUCUUGUUCAUCUCCGGCACUAAGGUAAUUUCACUACUUCCCAACACCAACCUUACAUUGUUACAUUUUUCAUGGUUUACUGAUAAAAUCAUUCUCUCAGAUGCGCACAUUGGCCAAGAACAAAGAAAACCCUCCGGAUGGAUUCAUGUGCCCAGGUGGAUGGCAAGUUCUUGUUGAUUACUAUGACAGCUUGACUCCAGCAGGUAAACUACCGGUUCCGGCCUAAGACAAAGACAGAGACAAAGAAACUGUCUAUGAUUCGUUUCAAACUGUAUCUGCUUUGUGUUGUGGACCUUGAGGCAACAGUAGUUUUUGUAUAGGAGAAGCCUAUAUAUAAACAAUCUGCCCGGACCUUUUUUUUCAAAAUAAAUUACAUAAAAGACUGUUUUUCCUUUAGGAAAGCUGUAAUAUUUGAUCAAACCACCGUCUGGUGAAAACUUGUACCAUAUGAAACGAUUGUGUUUAUAUGAAACAACAACAAGCAGUUUUGCUAUU